AUGGCGCUGAAGCCAGUAGCAACGGUUGCCCCCGCUAUAUGGGAUUCGCUGAUCGAAGGCCAACAAACUCCAACCUUGCGCGUCAAAAGAAAAGGAGGAAUGGGAGGCGGGCGUGGAGCUAUGGAGGAUAUUACUACGGAAGCUCUGCGUACCGCACCAACCAAGCAAGAGCUUUGUUCUUUGUCCCGGCGUCCUAUUCUUACCGGAAUGUAUGACACGAAGAUUCCAAAACCCAGUCGUAUCGAUAUAUUGUAUUACAACGGAUCGCCGAAUCAGCUGCCCGAAAAAAAGGCCGUAGUAUUAAAUACAUUCUCAUCGGGCAGCUGGAGAUUAGAAGAUCGAGCGGAAUUUAUGCCGAUUGAUGAUUGGCGACUCUUUGAUCUGACGAUGAAGCCAGAAAAGGGAAAACUGAAAAUCUUCAUCAACAAUUUCGAAUUCGCCACCUAUGAGGAGAAUCGUCAGCUAAAAAGCAGCACACACUUCGCGAUUCAGGGGGAUGUUGAGAUUUUAAGUGUAAGAUCGGACGGG